AACUGGUUUGUAUCAACUAAUUUUCUCACUUUCGAAACACCAUUUUAAUCGGAAUCAAUAGCUUGUUUCUAACGACAUAAUGAAUUCUGAGUAUAUAAAAAGAAAAUCGCAUGAUAUUGGCUUUCAGCUUAAUGUUUCGGUUACAUUGUUUUGCAUGCUCGAUUGAACAUUGGAUGUUGCUGCAAUGGUGUUGAAUGAAGGUGAGCUAUCAAUGCAAGUGUAAACAAAUUAAUUGGAUGCACUUUUGCGAAGAAAACUAUUGGCUGCAAAUGUGGUUUAUUAAGAUAAGUGUGCGAUGGAGCGUGGAAGAAAUAUACUUUUACUGAAUAAAUUGCCUAAAAAAUGAUUUUUUCAUGUAAAACAAAGCUGUAAAAAAUAUAAUUAUUACGUAUAUAAUUUUUCCGCUUAAUAAUUGGAAACCCAUAUUUUCCUCAAAAAAAUUCUUCUUCGCAGUUUCAAAUUAGAAAUGGCUGUUUUUGUGACGUAAUCUAUACAUACUAUAUAAUGCACAAUCAGAAUACAAGGUGAAAUUACGAUGUUUCUUUUUUUUGAGUGUUGCUCAUUUUGAAUGUCGCAAUGCGCUUGAUUUGAAACUAACAUCAAAUUCCAUUCUGGUUAAAAGAAUGAAUAAAGCAGUUUGAAUGCGCCAAGUGAUAGACUUGUUAUGCUUUUGAUUUGCGCAUGGUUAACUCAGUAGCGCGUGCAAGAUAUAGCUGGAUGCAGGUUUUGCUGCCUCUCUCAAGUACUUCUCUAGCUGCAACUUGAUUUUCCACCCAAACACACGGCAUCACAAUGCCGAGAUCGUUUUUGGUUAAGCGAAGUCCUGGUGGAAACGAAGAUAGAGAAAAAAAAGUAGAUACACUAUCAUAUGAAAUACAAAAAGGUAGCGAGCUCGAAUACCCAUCGCAAUAUCUGGAAUACGCUGCAGCUUUGUUAGCUUUGGGUCGAAACAAAGACUGGGGCACAGAUUAUGAGUUAGAGAAAGCUUAUUGGUUUGACAUAUCCCCGAAUAACGUGUCCAGCAUUUUGUUUGAAAACAAGACUUCUUGUAUUUCUAACGAAAUUGACGUGAAAACAAAAAAAAAAAGUAAAGGAAAGCCUAAGGAAAUUGAAGAACAUAAAGACGAUGUUGUUAGCGACCAAUCCAAGCAUGCCCAGUCGAAGCUAUCAGAAAACCUGGAGGAGCGCUUACAGCAAAUGUUAAGUGAAGAUGAGAUUGUGAUAACGAAAAAUAUUUGCCAGUUCUUAGAAAAUAAUGGAAUGGGGUAUCACGAUAUAGCAGAUGAGACUGGGUUGAGCAAAGAAGAUGUUCAAGGGUAUAUAGAGCUAACGAAAAUUUUUACUUCUGACAACAAACGUGAAUUAUACAGCUGGUAUCUUUCGAAGAUACUACGACCGUCGAAAAAUGCCGACGAAAGUUAUACGUGUUACAAAUGUGGAAAGAUUUUCACCUACAAAAGUUACUUGGAACGUCAUAUCAAAUAUGUGUGUCCAGAUAGCACAGGUCGAACGUGGAAAUGCACGUUUUGUGGGAAAGCUUUCCAAUAUCCAUGUUAUCUUCGCCGACACAUACGAAGUCACACAGGAGAAUCACCAUACAAAUGCGAUCAAUGUGACCGAGCUUUUGUUCGUUCAACAGAUUUACAAAGACAUAUACGAAACCAUACAGGCGAAAAACCUUACCGAUGCUCACAAUGCUCCAGAGCGUUCGCUAGGUCUACCGAUUUAAAAAGACAUAUGAGAACGCAUACAGGAGAAAAGCCUUACAAAUGUUGGCAAUGUGGAAAAUCGUUUUCCCAAAGUGGAAGUUUACAGACACAUUUACACACGCACAACAAAGAGGCUUCGAGUAACCGGAACAUGAAAAAGAGAACAAGUGGUUGUUAAUACGAGACUGACCGUCAUUAUAUUCUUGUUAAGCAAAAAAUUUAUAACGGUUAUUCUUGUCAAUCGAUUUGUAAAGACUUCAGUUCUCGAAGGGAAGCAAUAUCAUUUACCAAAAUUACCAAAACUGUACUAGUGACUUACGAAACAUCACAGCUUGAUCAUGCUGUUAUUUUUGUGACAACACAAAAUAUGAAACGAAGCUUAAAAUCGAGGUUUUUGCAUAUGAUACGUUUACAUAAAACGCUAUGCGCGUUUAAGGAGUCAUAUACGGAAAUACGGAAGCUGUUCAACAGAAAGUUUAUAAGCUGAGAAGACAGAUCUUCUGAAUUUUUUGUUCUUAGUAACCAAGAGUACCUAAUUUUAUUUCUCUUUGUUUAUGUAAAAGAAAUUUUCUAAACAUAGCAGACAUGGAAACGAGGUGGGUUUGCUGUAGUUUAUUUAUAUAUUUUGUAUACAUUGUAUUUAUAAUUUGCACCCACAUUUUUUGUACACAAGAA